AUGUCUCUUGACACUGUGAGAAGAUGGUACCGAAGAUUUCGACAUGGCUAUGAAUCUGUGGACUAUCGAAAAAAAGGACCGGUCAAAGUCGACGACGAUCUUUUGGAGGAAAUGGCCAACACCAAAAUGUCAGCUUCAGAGAUGGCGAAAUUUUUCGGUGUUCAAAUUGCGACGAUCAAUAUGCAUUUAAAGAAUAUUUCACAAGGCCGAAAAACAACGUUUCUCAAUCGACAGAAGUUACGAGAUCGUUUAUCAAUUGACCAUGAUUGCUUGAUUGGAUACAUAGAUGGUGAGGUGAUUGGACACAUAGAUGAAACGGAAGCGGCUUAUAGUCCAGAGGGAACGAGUACGCAUAGUACAAUGGAUGGCGAACAACUUUCCAACCAUUCCUCCGAAUUUUCAUAUGAAUCAUCACAACCAGUAGACUUUUCACCGCCCUCGACGAGCGAAUCUCUACCGCUCCUAAGGGAAAAACCAGAGUCGGAAAGUGGUAGCUCGGUUUCGUGUUUUACAGUGUCAGAACAAGCACGAACGGUCGUUGUUGUAUCUCCAACUGACGACAAAAAGCCGGAUGUGAACAAAGACCCGAAAGUAGACCGUGUCGUACAUCCUGUCAAAUGUGAAAGGCCCAAAGCUAGAAAAUCGUACACAGCUGAAUAUAAGCUGAAUGUGAUCAACCAUGUCAAAUUAUUCGGAACAAGUGCUGCAGCAAAUGACUUUGGACUGCAUCGGCGGAUGAUUCAGAGAUGGAAGGCGAUGGAAGAGAAACUGUCCCGGACCAACCGCUCGAGGCGAGCAUUCCGAGGAGGCGGUGCCACUCAGUGGUCAGUGUGA